UGUAAAUCUUCCUCCUUUGCUACUCUGAAACACACAAUUGAAUCACACAGUAAUUCCACAUCUCCUGUUUUAAGUCAGAAGGAGAACAAACAAAGUACUCUUUUCCAAAAUGGCCACAAAAAUUAUGUUGAAAGAGUGCACCUAUCACACCCAGCGUUUAGACUGUCUCCCUGUUCCAGACCUGUGGGUCUCACCCACCUGCCCUUUACACCUCCAGUCUCUCCUGCUUGUCCCCCAAUCCACCCAAAUUCCCGCUCCUCCACCCCAGAUGGCUGCACACUCUCGCCCUCCCCAACGGUCCCAAGCCGUCAGAUCUCCCCCUCCCCCUCAUACUCCUUCUGUUCAUCACCUUCUUCAUCCCUAUGGGGCAGCACACCAGACUGCGCAGAUGGGGACUGUAAAAAUAGAAAGAAAUACAAGAUCAAAUCCACCUACAAGGCACUUGCUGCUAUUCCCACAAAUACUCUGCUCCUGGAACAGCAUGCUAUAGAUGAAGAGGUCAACAAGAAAGAGGCUUCAUUCGACCCUGCAGACAGCUACUCUUGGAAGGACCCACAUGCAGAGAUGUGCUCUCCUGCGCAGCUGCGUCAGCAGACCACAGAAAUGUACGCAACCUUUGAUGAAGUCCUCGAGGACUCUAUACAAAGACGUCAAUCAAAGCAUGUGGACAAAGCCAAUGUGAAGUCUUUGGCAGCGGAGGCAUCAAGGCCACAGACGUCAGCACCAUCUCCAAAAUGGGAUGGGAAAAAACAUAUAAAAACUACGUCACAAUGGUUUGGGGAUGGGAUCCUGGAAUCUCCACCGGACUACGACAGAGCGCACCAGUCUCCGGCUGACAAACCAAGGCCGCUACAGAGGCCUAGGUCUGUUAUCGUCUGGCUCCAGUUUCAGCAGAAGGAAAAGAUAAUUUGCGAAGCCAGAGUGAAGAGGGGAAAGCUUUAUUAUUGUGGCAUUCCUAACGCUAUUUUCGGUGAGUAUGCUCCGGAGGUGCUGAAGCAACGUUCCAAGUACAGGUAG